AUGAACGGGACCGUCCGGCAAUCUCAGCUUGCACGACUGAAGUAUGACAGCAAGAAAGAGCUGGACGACCACACAAUGCACAAAUGGCGGUUGCAUCUAACCUUCCUACUCUCGAGUGCUCUCGCACUGCUCGUUCCGUCGCUGAAACUACUGCACGACCUGGAGCUGCAACGACAAAACGUCCAGGAGACAAGUGUCUAG